AGCAACCCCGGUUCAGUCACAACCGCGUCUCAAUCACCGCUUGACCAUGCGUCUUAACCUCGGCAUGUGGCUUGGCACUGUGGCAUUCGUCGUGUGCACGCUAAUCUGCAUCGGAUCGUUGGCGGAAGGAUACCCGUCCAAACCAGACAACCCCGGAGAGGACGCGCCCGCCGAGGAACUCGCCAAAUACUACUCUGCCCUGAGACACUACAUCAACCUCAUCACACGGCAAAGGUAUGGGAAGAGAUCCAGUCCCGACAGCCUCUUCUCAGACCUGCUGCUAAGGGAGAGCACAGAGACAAGCCCGCGAUCACGAUAUGAAGAGCCUCUGAUGUGGUGAUGUCAUCAGCUGAGUCUUUCCUGUCUGUACCCAGUCUCUCCAGUUUGGCUUUUCUUCCCAAUGUCAGCAUUACCUCACCAAGAUGGCUGCCACACCUAUGUACCACACCCUUGCCGAUAUGGCUGCCAAAUGCAUCUUGACUUCCCAGCAUUGCUGUCCUGCACCACACAAGCUCCUGGGAUCACCAGCUGCAUGCUAGCACCACCCCACCAUCCACCAGAAUUACACCCGCUCCAUUCUGUAUAUAGUCUUA